UCUAGAGUCAACAUAAACAAGUACGCGGGAAGGCAUGCUGAAUUGAGAACAGGCAAAUAUGAAGAAAAAACGACAUUGUGAGCCUGUUAACGACGAAAAGUCACAUUUUUCAGAGAAGCUUGCAAGGAAAAGGAAGAGGACUUCAAAUGAUAUCACAUUGCGGAGCAACAGUUGUCCACAAAACCUGGAUACCAGCAAUGAUGACUGUCAUACAAGUGGCCUUGAAGAUGAAGAAAAACAUUUCAGCAGCAGCAGCAGUCAACAAAAUACCAUGCAGGAUGUCUUAGAUGCAGAUGAGAACAGGAAUUCUGUCAGUUGUGUGUUUAGAGAAUAUGAUUCUAUCAACAACUACAGUGAGGGCAGUCUGAAGGAACACUCACUUUCGCGCAGUGGCAAUCACCACUACAGCUGCACAUUCUGCUCCAAGACAUUCAAAAAUAGUGACAAGCUAAAGAAUCAUUUGAGUGUGCACACUGGUGAAAAUUCCUACAGAUGCAAUGUGUGCAGCAAAACAUUAAGUACAGCCAGUUAUCUGAAAGUACACAUGAGGAUACAUGCAGGUGACCGUCCAUUCAUCUGCUUUGUUUGUAGCAAAGCUUACAUACAGAGAAGUGACCUGAAGAAUCAUUUACGCAAACAUACAGGUGAACAACCCUUCAGAUGUACUGUAUGCUGCAAGACAUUCUUUAGUAGUAGUGUCCUGAACCAGCACUUGCGUAUACACUCGUCUGAAUGCCCCUUCACAUGCACUGUAUGCAACAAGACAUUUAAAUGGAAAAGCAAUCUGACAACGCAUUUACGUAUCCACACGGGUGAACGACCCUUCUGCUGCACUGUAUGUAGCAAGACAUUCACAGAUGGUAGUAGUCUAAGGAAGCAUUUGCGGGUCCAUUAUGUGAAUGCCCCUUCAGUUGCAAGGUCUUCAGCAAAAUAUUUACAGUGAGCAGUGAUGUAUACAGAUGGACGCCUGUAGCUUGAAAUGUCAUGUGCUUUGCAUUUUUCAAAAUGGUAUUCAUUAUGUAUAAAUACAUAUUGCAGUUACCUGGUGGAAAUUCUGUUAUUGACACACAUUUGAAUGGGUUAGAGGCACUGAAAGAUAUUCAGAAACAGUAUGAAGAAGCCUACCUCUGCACA